AAACACAUCAAAGCCUUUUUUUGUAUUCAUUUGCAUUCAAUAUUGAAUAAUAGUAGUACUUGAAGUCAAAAAUAGUUCAAUUGAUUAAAUCGGAAUAAGAAAAUGGGUGUUACUUUGGAAAUUAUUGUUAAGGGAGAUGGAAAGAAUGUACCAAAACCAGGACAAACAGUGAGUGUACACUACACAGGAUUUAUUGCCUCAGAUAAUGGAUCAGAUGAAGGAGUUGAAUUUGAUAGUAGUAGAAAGAGAGGAAAACCAUUCAAAUUUAAAUUAGGAGUUGGAGAAGUAAUUAAAGGAUGGGAUGAAGGUGUUGGUCAGAUGAGUUUAGGAGAAAGAGCUAAAGUAAGAAUGACACCAGAUGUAGCCUAUGGAUCAACAGGAUUUCCAGGUCUUUUCAAAGGAGAUAAAACCAUUAUAUUUGACGUAGAAUUAUUAGACUUUUAUUGAGAAGCCUUGUAGUCAGGUUGCAAGAGUGUAACAACAACUUUAUCAUGAACACCUUGCAAAAGUAAUUCACCUUGGAAAUCAAUAAUUUUACGCUUCUUGGCAGCUAUUUCAUUGUUGCAUUGAUUAAUUAGUUAGAUAUUUUGAUCAAAAUGGUGAUUAACUUACCUUUCAUUGUACCAACUUUGUAAAUAACAAUUUUAGUAAAUUAUAAUUUAUCAUCAU